GCGCCUCCACUUCCUGUUUUCGUUUCUCACGUGACGUGUCCGGAGCGCCUCUGCUCGCACGGGCCACCGGGCGCCGCGAAUCGAAACUAGGAGGACCCGGAAAGUUUGUGCCACGUCAAGGCAUCGAAAGCGAAGCGACAGCUGCCCAGGUGGUGCGAGCGCGCGCCGCGAGUCAUGCGGUCCUUGUAGCGGGACGAGUGAGGUUGACGGCUAGAUCCGCUGAGAAGAACCAAGGCGAGCGGCAUCCCAGAACUACUGGUCGUCUAGUAGCGCUGAGUGUCCGCGGCGCAUCUGACUGUACAGCCUCAGCCUGCAGCAACAUGGAGAACAAGUACAACCUCCGCAGCCCCGCCGUGAAGAGACUGAUGAAGGAGGCUGCAGAACUCCGUGACCCCACAGAGCACUACCACGCCCAGCCGCUGGAGGACAAUCUCUUUGAGUGGCACUUUUCCGUCCGAGGACCUCCGGACUCUGACUUUGAUGGAGGAGUGUACCACGGCAGGAUCAUUCUCCCACCAGAGUACCCCAUGAAGCCCCCCAGUAUUAUUCUUCUCACUCCCAAUGGGAGGUUUGAAGUUGGGAAGAAGAUCUGUCUGAGCAUAUCAGGCCACCACCCUGAAACAUGGCAGCCAUCCUGGAGCAUAAGAACUGCGUUAAUAGCCAUAAUAGGAUUCAUGCCAACAAAAGGGGAGGGGGCGAUCGGGUCCCUUGAUUACACUCCGGAGGAGAGGAGAGCCCUUGCCAAAAAGUCCCAGGACUUCUGCUGUGAGACCUGCGGGUGCUCCAUGCGGACAGCCCUGCUCACUCCCACCUCCGACAGCAAGCCAAGCCAGGAGGACCGCGAGGCCAAGGAACUGGCACGACAGAUCAAUUUCAAGGCGGAGUCCAGCACAGCCAGUAAAGCUAGUCUGAGCCAGCCUGCAGUAGCAGCAGCAGCAGUAGUAGCAGCAGCGAGUGAGACCCCCGCCAGCACCCAGGACGAGGCGGCCUCCACCUUUAGCAAUCAGGAAGAACCAUCAGAGGUGCAGACGGGGCAGGCGGAAGCAGACCAGCCCCCUGGCGAGCAGGUGACCCUGAUGGCUCCCAGCAAUCGACCUCUGAGCCCCCGGCAGCGCCGUGCUCAACAGAACCAGCAGCCCAGGCGCGCCGCCUUCCACACCUUCCCUGCAGCCACGAGACCACCCCCAGAGGCCGGGCACACAGGCUCGGCUGUCCUCAUCGUGGUGCUCACACUGGCCCUGGCUGCACUGAUCUUCCGUCGGAUCUACCUGGCCAGCGAAUACAAGUUCGACUAUGAGCUGUGAUGACGACCCACCCCCUCAAAUCACACACCAUGACAAGUCCUCUGGCCCACAGGGGGACACUCUAGACUCAACUGGUCUUAUAGACCUGGAAACUGUAGACUGCCAUCUCUCCAUAAAAAGAUGUUCCCACUGUAAGUAGAGAGGACUUGGUUGGCGCCAGUUUGCAGUGACGGCCUAGAGUUCAAACGCAGGUCAAAGCUGCAUAAGGAGAUAACCUGCAGUGUGACUUUUUUCUUUUUAAAUUAAUUUCUUUGCAUGUAUUUCUAGAGUAUUAUAUUAAAAAACGAGUACCCAAACUCAGAAACAUGCUUUGCUGCUUUAAAAAUUUAUUCUGUAUCUUUAAACCAUAUGAGCUGUGUGCGUGCAACAUUUUAGAAAGGUAUACUUAUAGCAUAAAAAGUGAACAAUGAAGGUUCUUAACCUAUAAAUGAUUAAGAAAUUACUGUAUUUAAUUGUGUGCUCUGUAAUAUGUAAGUAUCUACCGUACUUUUAUUGCUUAGGUGAUCUUUAACAGGAGUCCAGUUGCCAGUCAGUCUUGUGUUUUUAUAUUGUAGGGAUGUAAAUCACUUUUGUAACCCAAAGAUUAAAUGGUCUCACUUCAUCAAGUUUAAAGAUGACGAGUUGUUGGAAAUUCAUAGGGUGAAUGUUAAUUAAAUUUCCAAACCUAAAAUGAAAGGGAAAGCUGAGGAGAGUGCUUUACAAAUACUGUAUAAAUGUGGGUUACUAGCAGUGUCCACCGACUGUAUCAUUAAGAAUGGUUUGUAGGUUUUUGAUUGUUUGAAAUGCAGCAUGGCUGAUGUUUAAAUGGUCUCACGCACAAACCUAUAUGACAAAGGGAACCGAUUGCUGUCACUGAAAUUAACGAUAACUGACACCAGAAGAAGGUUCAAACAGGACAUAUCAGUUUUAGACAAAUUAAACUAAAAUUUUAUUAAAUUCAAGAAUAUAUUACUGGUGUAAAUGUCAUUCCAUGGCUGUCACUGUACCGCCAUCUGUCCUUGGAGGCCCUGAAUCAAUGUGCAGGACAAAGUAGGAUGCAGGGUUAUAUAGUAUGUGUUGUUGUGUUUAACCUUGCUUGUUACACUCACGGCUUCUCUGUGUGAGAGGGUAAGUGAUCCUCCGACAGGAAUGAACUCAUCUCCACAGCUGUGGGCGUGCAGACAGACACGGACACACACACGUUUAAAAACUAGUUACAGUGUGCUCACACACCACCCUGGAACACCAUCUGCAUGUGCGCACACAAAAUCUGCACAAAUGUGAAGAUAUAGUAGAUUUUUUUUCUUUUUCUUUUUUUUGAAAAUCAGAAAUGUGGUAUAUCCCAUAGAUGUGUAAAUUUUACUAUGGUAUCUUUUAAUAGGACUAAUACCCUAAGGUUCCUCACCCGAUUGCCAAGCGCUCUUGUGUGAACUGGCGAUAACAUUCCACGUUUUUGGUUUUUCUGGCAGGUAUAAGGCUGCCAACAUGAAACCAGUUCUUUUCUCGUUUUAAGUUAUAGAACAAUUACCCUUUAAUCAAUAACUGAGCUGCCCAUCUUUUUCCGUACCUGACACGCUACCUUGUACGGAUAACUGGCACUAUACAUUGAUUUACUGACACGUCCUUACUCUACAGCCAAGUUUUGCUGUAAAACACCUGUCUAGGCCCGUGGGGUGGUCACAUCUGAACUCAAAAUCGAAAG